UCGUCACCACAAGUCAGCGGUGUGUAGUAAACAAGUGUCAUUUCCCUAGUCGCAACGUGUGUGUAUUGUGUGUGUGUGUGUGUGUGUUUGUCCCACGAUAUUACAUAUAUAUAUUUGUCGAUCAUCGCAAGUCGGUAACUACGAUCGUUUAGUUCCACCGCUGAGAGUCAUACAAGUCGCGUCGAUAGAACGAUCGGUGCGCGGAAGACAGGCUGAGACACAUUUGUCCAUGGAAGAAGACGUCCGUUGGACUUUACGGGACGCACGAUCCGCGGUUCGAGGAUUUUCCGAGGGAAAACUUUGUGGAAAGUAGCGCGUAAUUGCGUAGUCUCGCGGGGAGGGCGUGUGCGUGAGUGUCGCGGCGGCCAGAAACAGGGCGAAAGGAGCGGAGAGACAAGGACAACGAGAAAACAAAGAUCAUCCGUGUUGGUAGUCGCCGUCCGCGGUCGAAGACGAUGAACCGUGUGGGAGACGUACGCGCGCAGUGAUCUCUUUUUUACGAUACGUUUUGUGAUAAUCGCCAGACUGUGGUAUAUAUAUAUACACACACAUUAAAUCUGUACAUAUACCUUGCUUAUCGUCGGGAAAACGUCGCUGGAAAACACUACGGGAGAUCAAUAUGACGAACACCAUGGCGGAAAAAAAUGGCGACGUUCAAAGCUCAGACAAGUCAUCCCUGGUGGACUCGGCGAUACUUCCGAAAAUUCAACAACCGGCCGAAUUGGAGGAUGAAAAGUCUGGGCUGAAACCGAAUAACGUGCAUAAUGAUCUAGAGGGUGAUAGGGAUAUCAAAGGGAGUGUCGUUAAGCAAGUUCUGGCAGCAGUGGUGGCCCAGCUUGGAACUAUCAACACAGGCAUGGCCUUUGGUUUCUCUGCCAUUGCUCUGCCACAGCUUCAGGAACCGAAUAGUACCAUUCCCAUUGUCGAAGGAUCCUCUGAGGAAUCAUGGAUAGCUAGUAUGUCCUCUAUCGGUACACCUAUCGGCUGUCUAAUGUCUGGGUACAUGAUGGACGUCCUUGGGAGAAAGAGGUCUCUGAUCAUCACAGAGAUCCCGGCAUUACUUGGCUGGAUCUUGAUUGCAUUUGCAACCGACAUCCGGAUGAUAUACGCUGGGAGGUUCUUCGUGGGUCUGGGUUCAGGCAUGGUGGGUGCUCCAGCACGCGUCUAUACCGGGGAAGUCACUCAACCGCACCUCAGGGGAAUGUUGACCGCCUUCGCGAGUAUCGGAGUCAGCACCGGUGUCCUGAUCGAGUACAUUCUAGGGAGCGUAGUCAGUUGGAACGUUUGCGCGGCAAUCAGUGGGAUCAUUCCAUUGGCAGCCUUGCUGCUGAUGUUCUUCUUCCCUGAAACGCCGUCUUAUCUCAUAUCUCGUAGCCGACCGGAAAAGGCACGAGAAGCGUUGCAACAGUUUCGCGGCAGCACGUGCAACAUCAAUCAGGAAAUGGAGACGUUGAUUAAUUUCUCGAACAAAAACAAUAUCAAACGUCUGACCGGUUUCCGUGAAAUAGUGAACGCCCUUCUGAAGCCUAACGCUCUGAAACCGUUCGCGUUAUUGGUCCUGUACUUUUUGAUUUACCAGUGGUCGGGCACGAACGUGAUCACCUUCUAUGCUGUCGAAAUCUUCAAUGACUCCGGGUCAUCGAUGAACAAGUACUUAGCCGCAGUGAUUCUCGGUGUAGUAAGAUUAUCGUCGACCAUCGUAGCUUGUAUAUUAUGCAGAAAGUGUGGACGAAGACCUCUGACGAUGGUCUCGUCCGUAGGGUGUGGACUGUCUAUGAUAGGAUUGGGUGGAUACUUGUGGUUGAAGAAUUACUGGACCGUGAACAAUAUUCCUCUGGUCGCCACUUGGUUCCCUAUUUUCUGUAUAUUUUCGUACACUAUAACAUGCACUCUUGGUUUUCUCGUUAUACCUUGGGUUAUGAUAGGAGAAGUGUAUCCAGCACAAGUACGCGGUAUUAUCGGUGGUCUGACCACAAUGGCGGCACACUCCUUUAUAUUUACUGUAGUCAAAACGUAUCCCUUCUUGGCCAGUGCACUUACUCGGCAUGGUACUUUUAUUCUCUACGGGUGUAUAUCGUUAUUCGGUACAAUAUACUUCUACUUGUGGUUACCCGAGACUAAAGGUAAAUCGCUCCAGGAGAUAGAGGACUAUUUCUCGGGUAGGAAUGCCAACUUAACAACUGGUAGUAUUGCCAUUCAUAAACCAAAGGUGUUAAAAGUGAAGAAAGGUCAGGUACUACCCUAAAGGAAGUUUUCCAUGUCGAUGCAAAUUGAUUGGCAGAGACGAAAACUUGUUGACUUACCAUCGUUUUACGUUGAAGCGUUGAAAUGGAUUUUUAUGUACUUUUAACAGAGACGUUUAAUACGAAAAAUCGUCUUGUAGCAAGACAAUAGAGCUGGUCAGAAACUUGAAGCAUCGAUUAGAGUCAAUUCCAUGGUAUUACGACUUCGCUAUCGAUACUCUUUUUCUUAUAUUUGUUUUUAGAUAGGAUAAUUUUAAUUUACUGUUGUAUGUAUUUAUUGACUAAAGACUAUAAUUUAAAUCGUGCUUGUCUCUCGCAGAAGAAACGCGGUAUAUUUUUAUAAAGGUGAAAUAUUACAAGCCGUACGAAAGUAUCUAUUUUUAAAUGAACAUACUAAGAUUCCUCGAGAAAUACACGCUGGGAGAAUUGUGCCUUAAUUAAUCGAUACCGGGACAACGAAACAUAAGGUGCUAUUUAAUUGUAUCAUAGUAUUAUAAACGUUUGUACAUACGUGAUCGAAAGACAAGACGUAAUUAAUAAAGAACCAUAGAAGUAAUGUUUGCAAAACCGUGGCUUGACAUUGUUACACGAGUUUCUGCAACGCAAACUGUUUUAUAAAUUUGAAUUAAAGUUUGUAAUACAUUUAUUGAA